AUGACACCUCUUUCAUGGGAGUAUUGGAUACCAUAUUUCCAGAAGGAAGGAUUCGAGGUCCACGCCCCGGGUUGGCCGGGAGUGGACGGCCGAACGCAUGAAGAGAUCUGUGCGGACCCGAAGCCGAUAUCCCUUCAUCGAAUCGAAGACAUUGUAGACCAUUACGAGACAUAUAUCAAGAAGCUUGCAGAACCCCCAAUCAUCAUUGGCCAUUCUUUCGGCGGCCUGUUCGCCCAAAUACUACUGCAUUCGGAUGCGACAGUACCGAUCUCCGAGAGUCACUUCCACUACUGCUUCGGCAACCUCGUUACCGCUGAGGAGAGCAAGAAAUUGUGGGAGCGGUAUUGCAUACCUGCAGAUUCUCGGGUCUUAUGGCAACUAGCAACCAACGUGACAGCUGGAGAAGCCGCGCCUCACUACGUCCAGUUUGACAAACCGGAUAGAGCUCCUUUGUUACUCAUAGGAGCCUCGAAAGAUCAUAUUGUGACAGCAAGAACGGUCAGGAAGGAGUUCAAGGCAUAUAAAGGACGUGCGCCAGUGAAAUACAAGGAGUUCGGAGGGAUGAGCCAUGGCCUUAUCUUUCAAGACGGGUGGGAAACAGUUGCGAAAUAUGUGUUGGAGUAUAUCAACAAGCAUGUCCAUUGA